GUUCAUUUGCCUGACUGGACACACUGAUAUUUGGAUUUACAAGGCAAAAAGAAUUUUGGUGUUGAUUCCAUUCAGUAAAUGUCCAGUGCUUGUUAUAGGAAAAAGUUUUCUGGAUGAGAGGGUAUGGUCCGCCCAUGUGAUGUCAGUUUUUUGAGGUGACAUAUAUAUGUUGCUUUUGAGACAGGUGCUCGAGUUCAACCAGGGAUUGCUAGCCUAGGAAAGUCUACAUUCAUUAUUUCACCCUGAUUUAUUUCUUCCAUGGGAGUUUUAAGUUGAUUAAGCUAAACACUAAAGAAAUCUAAUUAAGAAGCUUUGUAACAAAUCUUAUAGCUAUUUUUUCACAGUGACUGUGUAUUACAGGGGACUACUAAAGAUUGCCAAGAUUCUUGAACUGAAUUUUUUAUAUGCAUUUUAAUUGCCAAGUUGGACUGUUAGGUAUGAAACUGUGAUUGAGAUCAGACCAGAAGGAAUUCUUGGCACAGCGCAUAAAAACAAAUUGUGUUGAAGAAAAUGAUGCAAUAGACUUCUAUAUAAAAGCUGUGUUUGUUUUGGUACAUUUGUAUAGCUUAGUGUUGACAGAAGUUCAUAAACAAUCGGAUCGAAUAUAUAUUCCCAGUUGUAACAGAUGUUGGACUGAUUUGCACUGUGAAUAGAAAUUGUGUUGUAUUGUUGAACAUAUUUAUCAAAAGUUGUCACCACAAUUUUGGUUUAAAAAAAUACAUUACAAAAAAUAAAGAAUGAGUGACAGGAAAGAGAAAAGGUCUAAAAGUGAAGGUGGAAUCCCACCAGGAAAUCUGGGUCAGUUUCCCAAUGAAAAUAACCGUAGCAUUCCAGAUAUAGCUGCCAAUGUACCUCUUAUGGAGUCCGCGCGGGAUGGCCAGAGAGGAACGGAGAAGUACCAUGAGAAGAGUGAGAUGGCUGCUGGAAAGGGCAAGUGGGGGGUCGCAUAUUACAAGCAGGAUUACCCAGAGAGGGACCUCGACGAUGAUGUGAACCCAAAUGACACGCUAGUUCAGGAUGUGUCAAGUACAGCUGUUUUGACCCCAUUGGAUGAUGACCUGGUGGGGGAGGUCAAGGAGUUGGAGGAUCGUGGAAACUGGACGGGAAGAUUUGAUUUCCUUAUGUCCCUUCUGGGAUACUCCGUCGGAUUGGGAAAUGUUUGGAGGUUUCCAUAUCUUGCAUACAGCAAUGGAGGAGGUGCUUUUGUGUUUCCCUUUGUGCUGAUGCUGCUGCUGCUGGGACUUCCCCUUAUGUUUCUGGAGCUGGCCCUGGGACAGUAUGCAGCACUGGGACCAUCGGUCGUGUUUGACAGGCUUUGUCCAUUGUUUCAUGGUAUGGGCUAUGGAAUGAUCAGUGUAUCAGGAAUAGUAUCCCUAUAUUACACUGUCAUCAUCGCCUGGUGUAUCCUUUACCUCUUCACCUCCUUCACCAGUGAGCUGCCAUGGGAAAAGUGCCACCCGGAAUGGGCUAGUGAACAUUGCUAUUCCUUCAAGGAGGCAGACCUGUGUCAUCAGGUCCCGGGGCAAGUGUACUACAAACAAGUCUGUUAUAAUGCUACUGUGUCCUUGGAGCGAAACCUCAGCCUACUGGCCCAGAAUGUCACCAGACAUCCCCCUGCUCAGGAUUUCUUUGAGCGUGGUGUACUGGAUCAGUCUAAUGGUAUUGAAAACAUCGGAGUUCCCCAGUGGAAAAUCACUUUAUGUUUGUUGUGUGCUUGGUUAAUGACAUUUGGAGCUCUCAGCAGAGGUGUCAAAUCUACUGGAAAGGUGGUCUACUUCACAGCCCUGUUCCCCUACGUAGUGCUGGUUAUUCUUUUUUUCCGUGGAGUUACCCUUCCUGGAGCAGCAGAUGGCAUCAUCUAUUACCUUACCCCUCGUUUUGACAAGCUUGGAGAAGCAAAGGUGUGGUCAGAUGCUGCUGCUCAGAUCUUCUUUGCCCUCAGUCCAGCAUGGGGUGGUCUUAUUACACUGUCUAGUUACAAUCAGUUUCACAACAACUGCUUCAAAGACUCCUUGAUUGUGGGUAUUGGAAACAUCUGCACCAGUAUAUUUGCUGGCUUUGUCAUCUUCUCCAUCAUUGGUUACCUUGCUCAUGACCUUCAGAUGCCUAUUGACAAAGUUGUGGAUCAAGGUGCUGGUUUGGCCUUCAUUGUGUACCCUGAUGUUGUGACCAGGCUCCCUAUCUCACCAUUGUGGUCUAUUUUGUUUUUUGUGAUGAUGAUCACAUUAGGAAUGGGAAGUGAGUUUGCUUUGCUGGAGACAAUGAUGACUGCAGUACAAGAUACCUUCCCCCAGCUGAGAGCUAAGAAAACCUAUGUUGUGGCAGUGGUAUGCCUUAUCGGUUUCCUUGGAGGUCUCUCUGUAACUUGCAAUGGAGGCAUGUAUAUUCUCCAGCUUAUGGAUAAUUAUGUGUCCAGUUGGUCAGUUUUCUUGAUGGCAGGUUUGGAAAGUGUAACCAUUGGAUGGAUAUAUGGUGGGGAUAGAUUCAUCAGCGACAUUGAAAUGAUGAUUGGAGUCAAAGGAAAUGCUUUCCACAAUUUUUUCAAAUUAUUUUGGAAAUUCCUUUCACCCAUGACUCUUGCAUUCGUAUUUGUUUUCAACUUGAUUCAAUACAAGCCGCUGGAGUUUGGAGAUUACAUUUAUCCGAUGUGGUCUAAUGGGAUAGGAUGGAUUCUGUCUUUAGUUCCCAUUAUCUUUAUCUCAACUAUUGCCAUUACUAAGAUUUUGAAAGGACCCAAAGAGAUGUCUAUCAUGGAGAGAGUAAGGUUCCUGUUGAAGCCAUCCCAGUCCUGGGGCCCCGCCCACAAAGUGCCGACCUUUGACAUCAGUGAACCAGACGAUGGAAUCAUUUCCAAUCCCAACUUCAGCAGCACCGUUAUACCAAACUUUGAUUGUAGGGACCCAAAAGUGUGAGUUAUCAACAGUUUGGACAGGGGAACUUCAUGUUAUGUUGAAAAGAUCUGGGGUAAAGAUCUGGUUAAUUACAUGUUUUAUUUAAAAGUGUAAUGCAGUCCACCAUUUGCUCAGCCUCAAAGAUGUUAAUGUUUUCAAUGCAAUGUCUGUUGUUGUGUGGUUUGACUGUUAUUUUUUAAAGCCCUUUUUGUGGGAGUGUUGAAAUUUUACGAAAUGCUUAAGUUUUUAAUCCAAAUUACAGUACCCUGAAAGGGAAUUUUUAGUUGUAAAUAAAAUGUUUACAAAUUUGUUCAUUAAUGGUGAUAUAAGGGAUGUUUUAUUUCUUCUUUUUUAAGAUUUUAGGUUUUGUUUUCUGCUUAUAUUAUGUCACAGUUUUUGAAACUUCUGAGUAUAGAAAUGCUUUAUGAUAGAAUAGCUUUUGAUGUCUGUUACACUUACUAUGUAACUGGAAAUGUUUUAAUUCAUCCAUGUGUUGCGAGUUUUAUUAUUGUCCAUUGUUUUGUUUACUGAUCUGAUCAUGACACUUGAAGGAAAAAAAACAAUAUAACUACAUUGUAUAUAAUUUCCAUGUUGUCUGCAACAUGUGUUGUACAUGUAGAUGAAGUUUUAGACCUUGUCAGCAUUUAAGUUUGUAAUUAUUCAUUUUUCAAUAUGACAAACAUGCAUUGCAUUGGGCAGCAUUUUAAUAGUUUUGUUGAAAAAAAUCUCAGCUGUUUUUUAUGUGACAAAGUUUUACAAUAUAAGUUUUUUAUUGAUGCAUUUUUAAAAAAAAUACAUGUAUGUCCAAUUUACAUUACUCUGUUGGUAAUUAGUGUUCAUGAAAAAUAUCAGUUUGGAAACUGUUGACAUUCAGUUUAUGCAACAAAUGUCUAUUUUGUUUCUUUUAACCAUGAAUUGUUAUGAUUAUGUACUUCAAAUAUACAUUUUUUGUUGAUGUCAGUUUAGUGCUUUUAAUUUACACUGAUAUAAAUUUUAGAAAAGUGCUGUCCAGUUUACAUGUAAUUUGGUUUAGAAAGGGCUGCUAUUUUAUUCUCUUUUUUUGGGAAAUUUUUCCCCGUCUUUUUUUUUUUUUUUGUGAAACAAAUUUAAUUUGCGGUAGCUCUGUUAAAGUCUUAGCUUUUUGGUGCCAAAGGAAAAACAAAGUGCUGUCUGCUUUAUUUUUUUAAUUUCAUAUACAUUUUGGUUAAAGUUUCAUAAUUUCCAGCAAAAGAUAACAUGCAGUUGCAUAUUAGAAAAUGGAAGCAUAUUUAUUACUGUGAGAUAUCAGUAGUGUCACUGCAUAAUUACAUCAGUUAUAUCCGUUUGUUGUUCAUGUAUUAAUUUCUAUAUUCAGUGGAAAGUAGCUUGAACAAGUUUUUGUUGUUGUGUGGUGAGAGCUUACUCUUUAUUUUGCACAAUUUACAUGUUUGAUGGUAGAAUCUCAUGGAUAUUUAGUUUUAGUUUUAUGGAUAGUUGCACUGUAUUCUUGAUGCCAGAAGUUAAAAUACAUUCAUACAUGUUUAGUGAUUUCUGCUGAAAACAAUGAUAUGAAAGUUUAAUAGAAAGUAUUAAUAGAUUUUCAAAAAGACUUUAAUUUUAUUCUGGAUUAUAUGGAUCUCAUACUUGCAUACAUUUACAAAUCCAUUUUAUUUACUUCCUGAUAGAUUUCUGUAUGCAUGAUGUUACACAAAUUGCGUGCUCAUGUAGGUUGUAUCAGUUUAUUUGAUUGAUAAUGGAUUUUAAAAAAGCCCUAAUUGUUAGAAAGUAAAAGGUAAUUAGAUUUUUAAUCAAAUCAGUACAUUCCGAUAAACAUAUUAAGUUGCCAAAUGUCAGCUGUUAAUAGUUGACGUGUGUGUUGUGGAUAUCCAAAUCCUUGAAUUCAUUCCAGUAGUUUAUAUACAUGUAACAGUGAUUCACUGUUCUUCCUUCAGAUCAUAUAAAGCUUUUGUAAGAUAAUCCAAAAUGUGUCAUCCAAAAUUAGAUUGGACAUUUCUUUUGUUUGAGGGUAAAAGAAUCAAUAUUGAAAGUUUCAAUUUUAUAUUCAUUAUAAAUGUUUAUAUUCAUGACCCAUCAUAUUGAUAUCAUACAAUCCUUCUCAACCCCCAUCUUGUUGUGGAAUGCCUUGUGUGACAAACAUCCUGAGCAAGGAUUUGGAUGACUGUUCUCUAGUGCUAGCUGAAAAAGUGCUUCCUUUCUUCAGGUAUAUUAGUCAUAAUGAUCUAGUGUGAAUAAAUCGACACUAAUUAAAGCCGUUUGUUACACUGACAUUCUAUCAUAGGACUAGUCAUAUUUAUAUACAUUGUAUAAACAGUAUACAUGUAGUACAUUCAAACCUCAUAAAUUCACAUUUUCAACUUUGUUGCAUUUGUUGAGUUUCAAUUUGAUCUGUGUCAGAACUUUUUGAUAUACUCACCCAGUCUCAAUAUUGAGGAUGUGAUAAAUUGAACAAAUGGUGAAUUAAUACGUGUGUAGUGUUGUGUUCACACUUGACUUGGACAUUUGUGGUAUAUCCAUACCAGAAGUGAAUAAUGAUCGGAGUAAUUAUUCCUCAGUUUUAUAAAACUUUGAAGUGGCAUUUUUUUGUACGUCCUGUAUAAACAUGUAUAAUGGAAAUAUUAUACACAUGUUGGAGGAUGAACCUCAUUCAUUUCCUGUAAAUAAUGGUGAUGGUUUAGUGAUCUGAUAUUUUUGUCAUUGUAGCCUCUAUAUAAUGUAGGAACUAGUUGACUGCCCUUUGUUUGAAGAUUUCUACAUAUGCAUACAUUUGGGUUGAUUUUUUUCUGUGUGUGUGUGUGACUUUUUUGAAUUUAAAGAUCUAUUUGUACUUUUUCUUAUUCUAAAAGUAAUAAUGCAUUUAACUGUAAUGUUAAUGAUUUCUGUGUGUUUUUCAAGAGCACAAAAUUGUAAAGAAAGAUACUUCACCAAUAAAUUACAAAUUCUGA